GAAGCGGAAGUGGCGCGUUAGAAAACAAACAGAAACGGCAGCUGUCGUGUGAAAAUGUGCGAUUAUUUCACUUUUCCAUCUGAUUUAAAUAUUGUCCUGAACAGAGCGGGGAGUUUUAUCAGUGCGGAACAUUUAGUGGAACAAAAGCAGACCCGGGGGCUGGAGUUAUCUUGGCGUUAGCUCUGAGUUAGCCCUGAUUUAGCUGUGCGUGAGUUUAGCCGUGAUUCUCCGGGCGUGGGCCGGGGGCAUGUCUGUGCACUUUGAGGAGCGGAGCGGGGUGGUCCCCUGCAGGACGCCCUGGGGCUCCUGGUACCAGACGAUGGAGGAGGUGUUCAUCGAGGUCAAUGUUCCAAACGGGACCUCGGCCAAAGAGGUGAAGUGUCGCCUGGGCUCGAAGGACAUUGAACUGCACGUCAAAGGAAAGGAAGUGUUCAAGGGGAAACUGUUUGGUACAACUGUUUGUGAUGAAGCGACAUGGACUUUAGAGGACAAAUGUCUCAUCCAUAUUGUCCUAAUGAAGACCAACAGAGAAGCAGGAAACUGCUGGUCGUCUCUGUUGGAGGGGGAAUAUUGUGCCAAUGCCUGGGUUCAGGAUCAGAUGCAGAGGAAACUCACACUGGAGCGGUUCCAGCGGGAAAAUCCUGGUUUUGACUUCAGCGGAGCAGAAAUCUCAGGCAAUUUUGCAGGAGGCGGCCCGGACUUUUCCAGUUUACAGAAGUAAUGACUUCUAAGGCGAAAGAUGAAGUUUAAAUCUCAACUGGACAAAUCGUUGGAGUGAAGAUGUUUCACUGCUCAUCCAAGACACUUCUUCAGUUCAGACUAAGGCGGACAUUUUGAAAUUAUGAACGUGAGGAACAUUUCAGAUCCUGUUUGGAGAUUUUAUGAGGUCUUUGGUUCAUGUUGUUAACUGAACUCUGCAGGUGUAUUAAAGAAAUGAAUGAACCUUU